AUGUCGGCCAGGCCGGCAAAGAAGCCAGCUGCCAAGGCUCCGGCAAAGAAACCGGCAGCAGAUGCUGGAGUGGAGCUGCCCGAAGGCGAGCAGCUGCCCAAAAGGGAGCUCACAUGUGAGCUGCCCUCGGUGCAGCCGCCAGAGGGCUGGCAAGCGCCGGUCUUCACUCGGCCGCUGAACGUGGCGGUGCCCUGCACGGGCAUCGAUGGCUGCGGCCACGCUUUGCAAGUCCUCGGCAUCACGGAUGCACGCUUCUCCAUGGUGCAUGAUGUCGAGGGCAGGUACGAGCGCUAUCUGCAGGACCACCUCCCUGCAGAUACGCUUGUCCAUGCGGGCAAGGCAGGAGACAUCACUGCCCUUGCCCGCUCCAUGGACAAGGUCCAGCGGCCCGUGGACGUGCUGGUGAGCGGGCCACCCUGCCCGCCGUGGAGUCUGCAAGGCAAGCGACAGUCCACGCUGGACGCAAGGAGCUGGGUCCUCAUUGCCGUGAUCAAGCUCGCGGUGAUGUUGAUCAUGGUGGGCGAGCUCUCCGCCAUGGUGAUCGAGAAUGUCGUGGGCAUCUCGCAGAAGCUGCCUGGGCAGCAUGAGCCUUUCAUGCAGGCGCGGAAGGAUGUGCUCCUGCGGGUCCUGCGUGCGGAGGUUGCCCAGUUCAGUUGGGGCUUUCACUGCCUCAGCGCGGUGGACUAUGGCUUGCCACAGCAGAGGACGAGAGUCUUUCUCGUCGGCAUCCGCUCAGGCUACGGCGGCGUGCCACAGCCGCUGGGGCCUUUCGGCCGGAGAACUCUUCGGGAGUUCUUGGCACCCGGGCUGCCCCCCGUGGACGUCUCCAAGCUGACGGCCAGCUUGAAGAAGAAAAGCUCUGAUCUUGCAUUUGGGGUUGCUGAUCUUGCCAUUUGGGGUUGA